AUGCCUCGAGUCAACUCGUCACCACACCACGCACAAGUCGGGCCUAGCGGCUGCCACACGUCACCAACCCGCCAAGCCGCCAUCAGAGUUUCGCUCGCCUCCAAGGUUUUCGAGCCGCAGCCGCAGCUUCAGCCUGAUCACCACAAGUACAGGGUGACAUGGCCGGAGCUGAUGGGUGCCGAACCCGAAACCGCAAAGGCUAUCAUUGAACGUGACAAUCCCUACGUAAAAGCCGUUAUUCUGCACCGAGAGGAGGUGACGCGCGACGACUUCUGCUGCAAUCGAGUUUAUGUCAAACUUGAUGCCAACAAGCGUGUCUAUUUGGUUCCUCAUGUUGGUUGA